UUAUUUUAAGACUAUUAAUAUAUAUAUUUAAAAUUCAAGCUGUGGUAAAACACCCGUUAUUUUUUAGAGCACUUUUAAAGGUCCGCGUCGUGGCCUCAUCUGCGUGGGCGUGUCUGUUGCCAUUGACGUCACGUAUCUGUUUGAAGAACUUUCCACGAGCCUCGGCCGAGAUCCGCCAUCUUGGAGCAAGAGCCAGCGAUCCUCUCGUUUGUUCGCGUCCGCUGACCGAUCUGCGUCACAGGAUCGACAAACGUGUAUUUUUUCCAUCAAAUCUGUGUGUUACUGUGUGAUGAAUAUGCGGCAAUCCAAGAGAAUGCGGUCGCGUUCGCCCGGCUUGUGGCAGAACGAGUACAGCUGGGAGGAGAGGGUGGACGGCAGGAAGCGGCGGCGGAGAGACUCUCACAGCAGUGAGAGGGAGAACAAGUCCCGCCGCCAGCACAGUCACUACAGGCCCUACGACGGCCAUUACCUGGAGACCCGCAACCUCAACCAGAAGCCGGCCUCCAGGGACAGCCUGGCGUACCGGGACGCCAGCGGGGCCAUGGGCUACAAGGUCGGCCGCGGCCCCGCCUGCCGGGACCCCCGGGAGGCCCGGGACCGGGAGCCCGUCUGUAGAGACCAGCGAGACACCCGGGACCAGCGAGAGAUCCGGGACACCCGGGACCAGCGAGACACCCGGGACGCCCGGGACCAGCGGGACAUGCGUGACCGGGAGUGGCACCACUACAGCAAGUCGUCGUGCCGCAGCGGGCGGAGCGGUCGCAGCCGGCGCAGCAGGAGCCGGCGACGGGACCGUGGCCGCCGCCGGAGCCCCUCCCACCACAGCUCGUACUCGAGGAGGAGCCAUCGGCGCAGGAAAAGAUCCAGGAGUGUUGAGGAUGAUGGCGAGGGUCACCUCAUCUAUCACAUUGGAGACAUGCUGAGAGCGAGAUAUGAGAUAAUGUCCACUCUAGGAGAAGGAGCCUUCGGGAAGGUGGUGGAAUGCAUUGAUCAUAACAACAGUGGUGGACCUCGCAUGGCUCUGAAGAUCAUUAAGAACAUUGACCGCUACCGAGAGGCGGCCUUGUCUGAGGUAGAGGUCCUUGAACAGAUGAACUCGCUGGAUUACGACCGCAAAUAUCCAUGUGUGCGCAUGUUGGACUGGUUCGACUACCACGGCCACGUGUGCAUCGCCUUCGAGCUGCUCGGCCUCAGCACCUACGACUUCCUGAAGGAGAACAACUUCCAGCCUUUCCCCAUCGAGAACAUCCAGCACAUGGCCUACAGCAUCGUUAGAGCGUGCCGCUUUCUGCAUAAGAACAAGCUCACGCACACGGACCUGAAGCCGGAGAACAUCCUCUUCAUCGACUCCCAGUACGACAUCGAGUACAGCCCCAUACUGAGGAGAGACCAGCGCACCCUGAAGAACCCGGAGGUGAAGGUGGUGGACUUUGGCAACGCCACCUAUGAACACGAGCACCACACGUCGGUGGUGUCCACCCGGCACUACCGCGCCCCCGAGGUCAUCCUAGAUCUGGGCUGGGACCAUUCCUGUGACGUGUGGAGCAUCGGGUGCAUCCUGGUGGAGUAUUACCUGGGCACCACGCUGUUCCAGACCCACGACAGCAAGGAGCACCUCGCUAUGAUGGAGCGCAUCCUGGGCCCGAUCCCCACCAACCUCCUCCAGAAGACCAGGAUUGGAAUUCUCUUCUCCAGGAAACGUCGCUACGUCCACCGCUACAAGCUGGACUGGGACGGGAACAGCUCGUCAGGGAGGUUCGUCAAGAAGAGCUGCAAACCGCUCAAGGAGUACAUGAUGUGUCAGAGCGAGGACCACCAGAACUUUUUUGACAUGGUGGAGAAGAUGAUGGCGUACGACCCGGCCAAGCGCCUCACCUUGGAGCAGGCCAUGAGACACCCCUUCCUCGCUGGCCUGCACAAGACGAACAGCAGCCGUAACCACCACCGGAGCAGCAGUAACCACAACAACAGCAGCAGCAGCCGCAGCAGCAGAGGCAGCAAGUUUUAACCCCCAGCCCUCUGUCAGGACCCCCCCCUGCAUGAAGACCGUUCUCUGAACCCGGAACACAAGCCUGCUGUCUGACUCUCUGGGAGAGAUUGUGAACUUGACGACUGUAUCAGUCCACCUGCCCUAUCCUCUUAUCCUGGUUAUGAACAGAAACGGGCCGAUCUCGGCAUCGAUGUUUCAACGCUUCCCUCUGGAUUUCUUUGGUUUAUUUAUUCGUCUUUGUAAAUGUAAAAUUUUUCUCAAGAUCUUUUUUUUUUUCUUUUUUUUUUACUGUCCAUAAUGUAAACUUGAGAUUUAAAUGUAAAAAAGUUAUGCUAAGGUUUGAUAAUUGUAAAUGCUGGGGCUAGGGGCGGAGAUUCUGUACAUUUGAUCAAUUGAAUUGUGCCGUUUUCCUUUACGGCUAUUUUUUGUCUUGAGGGGAUUUAUAACUUUUGCAACCAUGUUCUUUUCUCAAUAAACGAUGUAUUUCGUACCGAU